GCGUUGACGACACGGACGCGGAAGCGAGGCUCGUGCGACUAGUGUGGACGGCACCCCCCGCCGACCUCAGCUUAGGUCAAGUGUCGGAGUAUGACAUGCGAGUCGCCCAAAGCUUCGACCAACUCUACAACGACUUCGACGCGUGCGACACCUUGUGGCAGUUCGGCUUAACCAACAUGUCCGACACGCUCGCCAACCCGGGGUCACCCGGUGACCUCGAGCUGCUCUCCGUCCGCGACGACGGUGGCGCCCCCAACGGCACCAUCGUGUUCGGCAUCCGGUCGACGGGACCGCCUGGCGGCGACACCAGCGACGUCUCCAACCUCGUGUCAACGUCGCUGACGCUAGUGGCGCCGCCGCCGGUGACAACCGACAAGCCGCCGGUGACAACCGACAAGCCGCCGAGCGACAAGGACGCCCUCUACUGGGUCGUUGUCGCCGCGAUCUGCCUCGGCAUCGUCGCUGUCAUCGUCGCCAUAGCGAUCGGCUGCUACUGCUACGUGUGCGGGCGCGACGACAAGGCCGAGGAAAUGAUGGCAGAAGAGGGCGCCACCGACGGCGUCGCGGUAUUCGCGAACCCGACGUACGACGGCCACAAGGUGGUGCCGCGAACGGCCGCCGAGAAGAGAGUGCUGCCGCGCAGCAAGGUCAGCGAGUCGCUAGAUGACGCCACCCCGGAGGUGCUGCUUGCAGCGAUGGGCGUGCGCUACAGCGCCGACGCCGGGGGCGGAUCUGAGAUGCUGCGAGAUCAGACGAAGGAUGACGCAUCCUUCUACUGAAGCCCUAACGUCGUUCUACUGAAUCCCUGACUUUCUACUGAAGCCCUAACCUUCUACUAUAGCCCUGACCUUCUACUGAAGCCCUGACCUUCUACUGAAUCCCUGACCUUCUACUAAAGCUCUUACCUUCUAUUAAAUCCCUGACCUUCCACUAAAGCCAAGAUAUUCUACUGAAGCCCAGGCUUUUUACUGAAACAAAAAUAUUCCACUGAUGCCCAGGAAUGAGAGCGAGAAAUUAUUCGUACAAAUGCAAAUUGAACUCGUGUUUUCUUGCGUGAAAUAACAAUUCAUAGGAAAUUUAUAUAUCAUUUCGUAGUUAGACAACUAAGUAUCGGUGGAACAUGUAUUAUACUAUUGUUUGUGAUAUUACUGUACACGGUUAUCGUAUGAUCAAAGAUCAUCCAACAUUUCAUUGUUAUUAAAUUGCUAGCAAAAUGAUUCCUAUUAGUAGGCCUAUAGUAUUAUUAUACAUGAGCGUUGUAAGAUCAAACGUCAUAUUUACCAUUUCAUGGUUAAAAACAUAAUUUGUAUUAUUAAGUAUUUAUUAUUAUAAAAUGGUCAUUCAACAGAAAAACAGCAUAAUGGAUUUGAAAAACGUUAGCACAGAUUACGUUUUUGAUAUGAAAAGUUGUGGAAACAAAUAAUUUAUAAAAACUAUUCUCGCAUGUGUAAAACAGUUGCGCAUCAAUAAAGCGUUAUAUUCUACUGAUAAAAAUACUCUUCACUCUAUAUUUACACGUUAACAGCGUCUCUCGGUCCUCGUCAUCUGUUAUGUAAUGCCUUUUCAAAUACUACCUGGCAUACAAGGCCUUACCGCUGCUGCUGCCAUCUAUAGUUGAUCUUCGGCGUAAAU